AUCACGUGCAUCAGGCGCCGCUCCUGUUGACUCCUGACGAAGUGCUGGCAUCCCAUCCCUCUCCAUCCAUCUGGCGCAAUUAGCUUGCUGCUUUUGCUCCUUGAAAUUUAAUCCGGCGAGUCGCUCAGUGCCCCUGAGAACGGUCCCCCGUUCUUGUUUCUGGCAGCCUUGAACUGCCCCGCAAUCGAUCGUCCUUCUCCUGGGGCACUCGCAUAGAUUCGCUUGAGGCGAUUCUUCUGUUGGCUGUUGGGGGUUCACUUGCAGCAUCACACGUUUGCUAGAUCUUUUCAACCUGCGAGUCUGCGCGUAUAGAUUGGGAGGGCAGUGCCAAUUUCUGGUUCUCUGUUCCUGACCGGCCAAGAUGGCCACCGCUGAGGGCCCGGCGAGGGUGCACGAUCGAAACGGUCGUCGCCGCCCAUUUUCGAGCUGGAUGAAGCGUCUCGCCAACCUCAAAAAUUCCACCGAUUCAGGCAGCAUCCGCUGGUCCAACAAACUCCAUGCUAUGCCCAAACACAAAGGCCGAGGUCUGAAGAACAACCCAUACCCACUUUCGGGCACGACGCACGUUAUCAGCGAAUAUAACAGCGACAACAACACUUCGGAUGCCAGCGACGUGAGUGAACAACGGUCGGGCUCGCAGAGCGAGCCCUCCCUUGCAUAUUCAGGAUACGAGAACCAAGUUCCAGCCACCAGUGCAAAGUCCACCGCACCCACCAUCUCCACCAACGCCGACACCGCCAUAUCGGAUGCCGCCUAUUCCAAAGCCGGGACCAUGGCAACAGCCGGCGGGGGAAUCAGCUCGACUGGAGGCGGCGAAGGCAGCACUUUUUCAUCGCCGGCGCCGUCGGUGCGGUCCCUGGCGACGACCUUGACAACCGUGCAGUCGGCGGCGCCGUCUGGUCACCUCUACAAUGCGCAAAAUGCGCACCACGCCCAUCAUCAUGCGCAUCCGAUGCAAGGCGGCGCGACUCAGCAGGUUCAAUUUACGCACCAAUUUCCCCCUUCUCCGGCCACCGCAGUUCCGCCCCACCUUGCCCCUCACGGCCAUUCCGUCACGUAUAGCACGGCCACCGCCAACAACAUCUUGACUGACAAUGCUUCGAUACUGACGCUUGCGUCCUCCUCGAAGCGACGCCGGAGGAACUCGUUGGAUACAAACGCGUCGGUGCGCGCUUUGGCCCCGUCGUCGGUGUUUGGUGGCAGCCGAGAGAGUCUGCCUUUAAGCGUGCUCAGCGGCAGCGUGGCCGAAUCUCCGAACAACCCCGGAGUGCUUAAUCGGCCGAGCAUGGUUGGAUUGGCUAGUGCAGAGCGGAUCAGCGUUUACUCAUCGUCCGGUGUAGCACCUGUCAGUGGGAACGGCGAGCGCGGCAGCUUCUAUGCCAACAAGCAGAAUUCGGUCACCGGGGACGGAGCUAGCGUUGUUAGUGCUCAUGGCAGGCAUGAUAGCAACGCGGCGAGUAUCUCCGGGGGUAUAAGCUGUCCCUUGAGCGGCCCGUCCGCCAGCCAACCCAUGGCGACCGGGCGAAUGAGUCGUCGUAGCUCGGGCUGGGGAGAGAUCCCGGGCGACGAGAGUGAAGAAGAAAAGCCCAGGGAUAGAAAGGGAUAGGGGCUAAUAGGAGGGAUCGAUUCAUGAUGGACGACGUUACGCCAGAUAUUCCCAGAUAUGGACAGAUUGAGCCUGCGGUAGAAACAAAUUCACGAUGGAGUUGGGUUGCUUUUUCCGGAAUGCGAUGGGUUCGGCGGGUUAGGCUGGGAUUGGAGUGAAUGCAUACAAUGUAUCUGAUAUCCUACGGUGCUGGAAUUGAUUCGAUUGAUUGACUUGCCAUUCACUCUGGAAACCUAUUGGUGUCAACGCCUUGGCGACCCGACCACUUCAAGUGUGAUAACCCAGCCUAUCUGCAGACAAGCUCUGCCUCUGUCCUUGUAUUGCUUUUCCCUCUCACCAUCUACCCGCUCAUCAGUGCAAAGGAUGAGUGCCAAAGCGGUUAUGGAAAAAAGAGGACGUGACGUGGCCAUCGUGGGCACCGGCAUGGCGGGCCUAGUGACUGCAUAUCUGCUGCAUCACGAUCGACAGCAGCGAUUCAGGGUGCAUCUACUGGACAAG